CACACACAUACACACAAACACACACACACACACACUCUGGUCAGGAUAAAUGGCGGAUCCACAGGGAACAUCUAAGCCCAUCAACUUUGUGCAUCAAGAUGAAAUCUGGAAAGCACAUGUAAAAGUUGAGAAGGAUUCGGCUUCUGUCUGGCCAAGCAAGUGGGGCUCCCUGACCGAGGCUUACAAGGAGUACGAGAGGGAGUGUGUGAAGUUAAAGGAGGUCUUAAGAGCGGAGCCUCCCAGUGGCCCUGCAGCACGACCUUUGACCCCUACAGAAAGAAAUAUCCAAGUGGCUCCCGCUCCUCCUGUCCCUCAAACAACGCAGGCUCUGAUUGGCUGGCGCUCAGGUCAUUCAAAUCUUCAGCUGGAAAAAUAUGCCACAGUGAAUCAUGGGAGGUGUAGUUUUCUGAAGGAACUAGGCUGGCCUUUUGGCGCUUGCAGCUGAUUGGAAGUUGUGACUUUUACCGAAAAAUAACUGACUGACUUAUUAGUGAGUUAUGAUUAUGUAGCAUUUAAAAAAUUAAAAACAUCAAUCACAA